GUUCCUUCGGCGUUUUGGGACUCAGCUCUACCUUCUAAAGCCCGAUCGACAGACUGCUAUCCUUAGAAAUCUCCGAACCGCGAAUUGUCUCUUUGUUUUCUUUUGGUUUUUCAAAGAAACGAGCAAAGAUGUCGAAAACAUUCACUCCCGCCCAGGUCGCCGAGCACAAGACCGCCGAUAAAGGUCUAUACAUUAUUGUCGACUCCAGCGUGUACGAUAUUACCAACUUUGUGGAUGAGCACCCCGGUGGUGCGAAGAUCUUGAAGCGUGUUGCUGGCAAAGAUGCGUCAAGGCAGUUCUGGAAGUACCACAAUGAAUCGGUGUUGAAGAAGUAUGGAGCCAAGUUGAAGGUUGGAGAUGUCAAGGACGCCGCGAAGUUAUAAACGAGCAUGGUGUCACAGAGUGCGCAAGUUUUCGAAUAAGUGGGUGGGAGUCAAACCAUGCUUCCUGUGUGGAAGAUAGGCGGGUUCAUUUAUGGGUUUGGACAGACGAGAUGACGAGACGAUACCUCUACCGACAUACUCCUCCCUCUACAGACCCGAUCCCAAUGGAAAAUUGAAUUAGGACCCACGAAGUAUACGUCAGCUUCAGCCCAAUACCGUCUUCGCACUUCCGCUUGCAAAUUUUGUUGUUUAGUUGUCUGUUUAUCGAUAAACCGUAUUUUCUUUGCGAAUGUUUCUCCGGCCUCCAGUCUUUUGGAUACUCUCCGACCUACCCAACUGGGCGCUACUCACUUACAGGCAAAUAUCCUAGAUAGAGAAUAGAUCUUCAUAUACAUUUCG